AUGGAUUACGAUAGUAAGAAACUCGAGGAAGCUAGAAAGCAAACGAUUCGAUGGGAAGCGUGGAAACGAGAGGAAGUGGAAGCACGUCAAAGAGGGCUCGAAUUCAAAAUGUAUUGGGAGAAAAGACAUAAAGAGGAUAGAGAUGCGUGGAGGCUUAAAGACUUUGCCAAUGCCAUUGAUAAGAUGAGUCGAGCUGGAUACAAGGGGAAGCAUGGAGAUUUUGAAGUUCCUUCGGAGAGACUCGAAGAACUCAACGCUCUUUAUAUGCAAGCAACUGUUGGAGAUUACGAUGGAAACACUGCAUUGAAGUGUAGUCAAUACUGGAAGAAACACAGUGGAAAGACUCAAAUCGAAGCGAUUCGUGAGUACAUCAAAUUGACGAACAAGGUUUUGACCAAGUAUGGAUGGAAUCCACCAGAGGGAUGGGUCUAA